CAACCAUCGUACUGGUACACAUACGGUUACCAUACUCCGUGCUGCGCUUUGUCGCUUGGUCACUCGAAAAUAAAAUGUCUUUCUAACGCCGAAGUAUAGCUCUACGUAGUCUGCGGGAAGUAUUGGCGCCAUUUGAGACCCCAGAAUGUAUAUAAAGACAGGUCUUACAGUCUUUCACAAUGCAGUUUACCAUUGCUUUCGCCACGCUUGCCGUGCUCAUUAACACUGCUGCAGCUGUCCCUGCUCCUCAAAUCUUUACGAGCAUCGGCGACUCUGCGAGUUCUGCUGUCUUUUCUUCGGCUGCCGCGAGCGGAGUCGUAUCCUCCGCUAGGUCAUUCCCUACAAACAGCAGUGGCACCACUUCCGUCGUCUCCAUCCCCGUUAACAGCAGCGUGGCGACAUCCACCGCCAACAGCAGCAGCGUAGCUUCUUCUGUUGUUUCCUUCCCAUUAAGCAGUGCCAUCUCUUCGUCGUUCGCGAGUGCCGUCACCAGCGCCGCCAGCAACGCAUCAUCCGUCCCUGCCACCAGUGUUGCUCAAAAUGGCUCAGCACCCUGCUUCACUUCCUACGUUACGGUGACAGUAACGCCAACGGGUGCUCUCCCCAACAGCACUGCUGUUACUUCCGUCGCCGGUAGUGGAGUCCAGUCUUCCUUCCCUAGUGCGUCCUCUGCGGCCGCUUCGUCGUUCCCCAGUGCAUCCUCCGCCGUCGCCUCCUCGCUCCCAAGUGAAUCCUCGGCCAUCGCUUCCGCUUCACCCUCGCUCAGUGUCUCCAGCGCUGUUGCAUCCCCUUCGCUUAGUGUCUCCAGCGCUGCCUCAGCCCCAUCACUCAGUGUUUCUAGUGCUGUUGCAUCCCCUUCGCUCAGUAUAUCGAGCGCUGCCCCUUCGGCUUCGCUCCCUAUCUCAAGCGCUGCAGCGACACCUGUAACAAGUACACUUUCCAGCAACGCCUCCGCGUAAGAGGUUAUUGAGACCUUAGACGAUUAGGGUUUGUUUGCUUUCAUGUGGGGUGGGGACGGGUUGGUAGAUGGUCGUUUUGAUGUGGGGUAGGAUCUUUGGCUUGCGUUUUCUAAGACCUUAUUCUAGGACGUUGGAUUCUGUAUUGGCGGACAUAUGGACUGCACGUUUGUCUACCACGAUCGUUCGAUAUGCUUACAUCGGUACCAGGAAAUCUAGCGCUCUUUUCCUUGAU